AUGCAUCCGUCGUGGAGCAAUAUCAAUCCGAACUACGUCUAUGGUCAGCCACCACCACUUCAAGGAAUGGAUGGUACGUAGAUUCUGGGAGAGUUCAAUAGUCUCAAUGUGUUUCUUCUGCAGAGUGCAUGCCGCCAACCCCAUCUUCUUCCGAUCUUAACACCCCUUCCCCGGAUGCUGCUCACUUUGGUAAGAGCAUAAAUAUCAAUAAUUUGUACCAUCGCUUUUUUCUCACAGUCAAUCACAUGGCUUACGGUAACGUUUGGUACCCCAUUCCGCCAGUUGUCGGCAUGCCGCCACCGACAGUUCCGAAAUUCCUGACUAUGCCGGGCAUUAAAUAUGGCAAACUCGGAAGAAUGCGCAUCUCGACAUAUAAUAAAGCCAUAGGUUGGUUCUUUUGUCAAGUACCUCUUUCGAAACGAACAAAUUCCGCAUUUUAGCCGAUACCACGAACCUGUUGGAGGAAAUCAGAAGAUUCCACUCGUGGUCUCGCCUGACCGACGAGCUGCCGAUGGACUGGCGCGAACAAGACGUCUGCGCGAAGAAGAUCGUCAUUGAACUUCAAGACAACGUCAAGAAGCUCGGGAAUCGCCGUGGAAGACGUGAGUAACUACAAUUUACACAAUUUUAAAACAAUUCUGAUUUAAGUCGCAGCUCUGGUCAAAAUCCACGAGUGCAUUUCCGGCGCCGAGACCAACCGCUUCAUUUACAACAUGAAAAUGUACCUGUUUUUCUUUCCCGGAGAGCUUCCCAAAUUCCGUCAAUUCAAGAAAACUUUUGACCUGUAG